AUGGGUUUUCAUUAUGGUAUUAAUGUUUCUCCGGUUGGCAGGGCAGGUGGGCUAAGUUUGUGGUGGGGUGAUUCAGUGGAGGUGCAAUCUCUGUUUUCUUCUAAGCAUAUUAUUGAUGUUAUCUUGCGCAAGGGUGGGGACAGUAAUUGGGUCCGUAUUACUAGAGUGUAUGGAACUCCCUACAGGGAGGAUAAGGCUGAGUUUUGGGAGUGGAUGUCGAGUCAUUUUUCUCCUGCUGAUAUUCCGUGGCUUUUCUGGGGGGUGGAGGUUCUCUACAACAGGCCUAGGUAUCUGGAGACUUUCAUGCAGGUUACCAAUUUGUGGGAUUUGGACUUUAAUGGUCCUGCUUUCACUUGGCAUGGUAUGCGCCAUGGUCAUCUGGUGGAGGAACGGAUUGAUCGGGCUUUGAUAAACGGGCUUUGGCAGGAUUUGUGGCCGAAUUCUUUGGUUACGCAUGGGACGGUUAUGGGGUCUGAUCAUUGUCCUCUCAUUAUUCAAACCGAGUCGGAGAGUAUGCGGGGGCGGAGAGCGUUCAAGUUUGAGGCGUUCUGGGCUAAAGAGAUUGAUUGUGAUCAGGUGGUGCGCUCUUGCUGGAAUAGGCAGGCUCCGAGUGAAAUUUUGUCAUUAAGCAGAAAAACUCAGCUCGUCGAUGAAUUGAGGGCUCAGGAGGAAAGCUAUUGGAUGCAGCGUUCUAGAGUUAGAUGGCUUCGUGAUGGGGAUGCCAAUACAAAGUUCUUUCAUAAUUCUACUUUGCAACGAAGACGACGCAACCAAAUUAUCAAAAUUAAGGAUGAGCUUGGGAACUGGGUGGAGCAACCGGGACGUGUUCGAAAAUUGGUGGAGUAUCAUUUUAUUCACACGUUUACUACUGGGGGAGCCCGGAACUGGGGAUCUUUUUUGGAUUGUAUUAGCCCGAGAGUGACGGAGGAUAUGAAUCUGGCGCUCUUUAAGCCGGUGUCCGAGGAUGAAAUCAAGACAGCGAUCUUUAAAAUGGGUGGUCUUAAAGCUCCGGGACCGGAUGGUUUUCAAGGCAUAUUCUAUCAAUCUUUUUUGGAGCAUGUCUAUGAGGAUGUCUGUGCUUUGGUGAGGGAGCUGAUGCAGGGGUCGUCUAGCCCGACUUCUCUUAAUGCUAUGUAUAUUGUUCUGAUCCCAAAGGUUCCGCACCCGGAGACGGUUUCGCAGUUUCGGCCUAUUAGCCUGUGGAGAACUGCGAAACGGAAGUUUGAAAUGGGAGUCAAAUUGGAUAUGCAGAAAGCCUAUGAUAGAGUUGAAUGGGAUUUCCUUGAUGCGCCAGGCAACAAGUUUGCUUCGUCCAGAGGUCUCAGGCAGGGUGAUCCUUUAUCUCCUUAUCUGUUUAUCAUUCUGGGGGAGGUUCUUUCGUGCAUGAUUCAAGCUGCGAUUGACGACAAACAGCUGGAGGGAGUUAGGAUUGGUGUAUCGGGGCCCAUUAUAUCCCACUUGUUCUUUGCGGACGACACUCUUCUUUUUUUGCGUGCGGGGGAUAAUUAUUGUAGAAAUUUGCUCUCUAUUAUUGAUAGGUACUGUGAAGCUUCGGGGCAGAAAGUCAAUCUCCAGAAGUCCAGUAUUUAUUUUGGUGCGAAUGUUCCGAAAGGGGUGGCUGCCAAUUUGGGUGGCAUUCUUGGUGUGUCUGUAGUGGAUAAUCCUGGCACUUAUUUGGGUGUCCCUACCAUCUGGGGUCGGUCCAAAAAGCGUGGCCUUGCUUAUGUGAAGGGCAGAAUUUUGGGAAAGCUCCAAGGGUGGAAGCAGAGUGCGUUGUCGAGGGCGGGCAGAGAAGUUCUGAUUAAGGCUGUGGUCCAGGCCAUUCCUGCUUAUCCUAUGUGCAUUUUUAAAUUUCCUUCUGUGGUCUGUCAUGAGUUGGAUGCCCUGGUUGCGAGAUUUUGGUGGGGAAGCCAUGGGGAGAACCGAAAGAUCCACUGGGUGUCUAAGGAGGUUCUGGGCCUUCCCAAGGAUAUGGGUGGCCUAGGUUUUAGAAAUUUUCAGGAGUUUAAUGAUGCGUUACUUGCUAAGCAAUGCUGGCGUUUGCUUACGGAGCCGAAUUCAUUGUGGGCGAGGGUUAUUAAGGCCAGGUACUUCUCGCAUUGCUCUUUUUGGGAGGCUAAAAAAGGGGCUCGGGCUUCUUGGGCUUGGUCCAGUCUUCUCUCGGGCAGGGAGCUUCUUGCUAGCGGAUCUCAUUGGCAAAUCAUGGGUGGGGAAGAGGUGAGGGUUUGGGUGGAUAGGUGGCUGCCCUCUCUCCCUUCUGGUCACCCUAUGCCGCUUGGUUCUGUCUCUCUUACGUCGAACUUACGGCGGAUCAACGGGCUAUUCAGGAAACAAUUAUUGGAGACUCGAGGUGGAAGGACAGGCUUGUUUGUUUGGGCUGCUAACCGGAAUGGCAAAUACUCUGUGAAAUCGGGGUAUAGGUGGCUUCAAGUUCGCUCUAUUGAGGUGAGGGAUCAUCGGAUGCCGGUUGUUCGUUCGAUUUCUAAAACUCUGUGGAAAUGCAUUUGGCAGUUGGCUGUUCCUCCCAAAAUUCAGCAUUUCUUAUGGGUUUCGUUGCAUCUUGGCCUGCCUACUGGUAAGGCUCUUUUUACAAGAAGGUUAUCCUCCUCUCCCUCUUGUCCUCUUUGUCAGAAUAUUGAUGAAACUGUGGAGCAUGUCUUCCUUCGCUGUCCUUGGGUGGCGGCUGUUUGGUUUGGUGGAGCGUUGAAUUACAAAGUGGACGCUGCCGGUAUUGUUUCGUGGGAUAGGUGGUUGCAGGAUGUGUUUUCUCCUAACUGGGGUUCUUCGGCUGACAGGCAGUGGUUCCAAGCUUAUGUUCCUGUCAAUCCUUCUAAGGUUAUUUUUUCGUUGUCGACCGCCUUCGGGAACUUUUUGCUUGCUGUGUCUUCUGUGGGUAUUGCUCGGCCUGUCUCGGUUUCUCGGGAGGAGGUUGCUGUCAGGUGGUGUCCUCCUUCUUCUCCUUUUGUUAAGAUCAAUGUGGAUGCUUGUUGGUCUAAAUCAUCUCGGAUGGGUUUUGCGGGGGUGGUUGCUAGACAGGACGGUGGGCGUUUCCGGGCUGCGGUAAGGUCUUCUGUUUUGGCUCCUUCUUCUCUUGUGGCUGAGUCCUUUGCGAUCCUGCGUGGUUGUGAAUUGGGUGCCUCGUUGGGUUUCAGUUCUGUUAUCAUUGAAUCUGACUCUCUUCAGGCUAUUUCCUAUUUAAAUGGUUCUCUUGAAAAUGGCAGUUGGGAGGCUUUCCCCAUUUUGGCUAGAGCUCAAAGGUUGGGAUCAGCUUUUCAGAACUGUCGCUGGUCUUGGGUUCCAAGAUCAGCCAAUUUGGCAGCGGAUGUUCUUGCGUCGGCUGAUGUUACGGAGAUGUGUGAUUUUGUUUGGGUUGACAAACCCCCAUCUUCGUUAGUUCAUGUAUUAAGUAAUGACGGACUGCCUUGCCCUCAUUAG